GGGGAAACAUUUGUGUGGCUUUGGUGUAGUGAGCUUCUGUCAAAAGAUAAGUAGAUUUUUGAGGAUGCAGGCUGUUGAGAAAAAUUGUAUUUUUUGCCGGAUUGUUCGCAAGGAGGACAGUAAAACUGUGAUUGAGUAUGAAACGGACACAAUUGUGAUAUUUAAGGAUAUUAGGCCAGCAACAACAUUCCAUUUCUUGGCUGUGCCAAAGCAGCACAUAAAAAACUGCAAAGACCUCAAUCUUGAUCACAAACCUCUCCUUGAGGAGAUGAAGGAGAGCUUGGAGAAGAUUCUUAGGGAAAAGGGAGUUGAUGUGGAGAAAGAAUCACUUCUGGGCUUUCAUUGGCCCCCCUUUAAUUCCGUCAAGCAUCUUCACAUGCACGGAAUGGGGCCCAAAAAUCAAAUGGGAUUCCUUGCAAAAUUCAUCUUCAAGCCAAAUAAUCGUUGGUUUUGUACGAACGAUCAUGUUUUUGAGUGGCUUCAGAAUCAACCGUCUUCUUCAACAUAAAUUCUUCCUAGAGAAAAAUAACAGAGGAAAUGGGAUCAGAAAGAAUUAAAAGGAUGUUAGAAAAUUUGUAUAUCAACUUUUGUAUUGAAAAUUAAUUUAUAAACUUGCCGAACUUUUCCAAAA